UCUCUCUAUCUGUCUAUAUAUACAUUUAUAUAUAGAUUUUCAGUAUCACAGACCAGAACAAGUACAACCCAUUAGUCCCACCUCUGUUGAGUUCUUGUUCAGCCAAAAAAUGAGUGGUUUAAGGUCAAAAUUCAUGGAGGUUUACUCCAUUUUGAAAUCAGAGCUUCUCAACGAUCCUGCUUUCGAGUUCACCGAUGAUUCUCGCCAAUGGGUCGAACGGAUGCUGGAUUACAAUGUCCCAGGAGGUAAGCUUAAUCGUGGGUUGUCAGUUAUUGAUAGUUACCAAUUACUUAAAGGAGGAAAGGAACUAACUGAAGAAGAAAUUUUUCUAACUUCUGCUCUUGGUUGGUGUAUUGAAUGGCUUCAAGCAUAUUUUUUGGUUCUUGAUGAUAUCAUGGAUAACUCUGUUACACGUCGCGGUCAACCCUGCUGGUUUAGAGUACCAAAGGUUGGAUUGAUUGCUGCAAACGAUGGCAUUCUACUUCGAAACCAUAUUCCGAGAAUUCUUAAGAAGCAUUUCAAGGGGAAGAGCUACUAUGUGGAUCUUCUUGAUUUGUUUAAUGAGGUGGAAUUCCAAACAGCCUCGGGACAAAUGAUUGAUUUGAUCACCACAAUUGAAGGAGAGAAAGAUCUUUCAAAAUACUCAAUUCCACUUCACCAUCGCAUUGUUCAGUACAAGACUGCUUACUACUCAUUCUACCUUCCGGUUGCUUGUGCAUUGGUGAUGGCUGGUGAAAAUCUUGAUAACCAUGUUGAUGUGAAGAACGUUCUUAUUGAAAUGGGAACCUAUUUCCAAGUACAGGAUGACUAUUUGGAUUGUUUUGGCCACCCAGAUGUAAUUGGCAAGAUUGGUACAGAUAUUGAAGACUUCAAGUGCUCUUGGUUGGUUGUGAAAGCACUCGAAAUAGCUACCGAGGAACAAAAGAAGAUGCUAUUUGAGCAUUAUGGUAAGGGAGAUGAAGCAUCUGUCAAAAAAGUGAAAGAGUUAUACAAGGCCCUUGAUCUUGAGGGCGUGUUUGCGGAUUACGAGAAUGCUAGUUACCAAAAGCUUAUAAAAUCGAUCGAAGCUCAUCCGAAAGAAGAAGUUCAGGCAGUGCUCAAAUCUUUCUUGGCUAAGAUCUACAAGAGGCAGAAGUAAGGUUGAAAAUGGAGAUUUGGACUAAAGAGAUAACAAUCAACUUUGUGUGGGCAUUAGCAUUUCUUUCACUCUUUUUAAUAAAAGGGUCAUUUUUAGUGAUUGUUUUUGGUUAAUCAUAAGAAUUCUUAGUUCAUCUUAUGCUGAGUGUGGUGGAUAUUUUAAUGUAAUAAUAUGUGUUUUCUUUGGAUGAAACUAAUAAUUUCUAAAGAGAAAUUAGUUUU